AUGACCACCCUCUCGCCCCUCUUGCAGCGUUUCCGAAACAACGCAGAUGACCCGGUCAAGUCCAGCAUCCAGGAGUCCGACUCCGAGGCCCACCAGAUUUUCCGCGAAGCCGCCGGUCACAAACCCAGGGGUGUCCUGCCGCAGACGGUGAAUCCUGAAGAAGAGACCGUCCCCGGCGUACUCCAUCCCGGCAGCACCGGAGUCAUCUACUGCUCUGAUCGUGCCAUGGCGAACGGCUUCAGCAACGCCACCGCCCACGAAUGGGCCAACAUGGGCCAAGGCGCUCCCGAAGUGGGCCCGAUCCCGGACGCCCCCGCCCGUCCGACCAGCAUCGAAGUGCCGCUCGACUCUCUCGAGUACGCCCCCACGACCGGCGUCAAGGAGCUUCGACAGGCCGUGGCGGAUCUCUACAACACCACCUACCGCCAGGGAAAAGAAUCCCAGUACACCUUUGAGAACGUCUGUAUCGUUCCAGGUGGCCGUUCGGGAUUAAGCCGCGUGGCAGCUGUCAUCGGCGAUGUGUACACUUCCUACCAGGUUCCAGAUUACACGGCCUACGACCAGAUGCUUGGAGCUUUUAAGCGCCUGAUCCCGGUGCCAACUGCCCUGAGGGUCGAGAAGCAAUAUUCGCUGGAUAUCGACGAGAUCCAGAGGGACAUUCACGAUCAGGGAUUGGCGGUGAUCCUUGCAUCCAAUCCGCGCAAUCCCACCGGUCAAGUCAUCCAAGGCAAUGAUCUGGAAAAGCUCGUCCAGAUCGCGCGUCAAGGAACUACGACCGUCAUCCUUGACGAGUUCUAUUCGUGGUACAUGUAUCCCGAGAAAGAAGAGGACUACGGCCACUGCGUUUCCUCCGCGAAGUACAUCGAGAACGUCGACGAGGACUCCGUGAUCAUCAUCGACGGCCUCACUAAAAACUUCCGCCUUCCCGGUUGGCGGGUGUGCUGGGUCGUUGGCCCCAGAAACCUCAUCACCGCGCUCUCGCAAUCCGGUUCCUUCUUGGACGGUGGUGCGAACCAUCCCUUGCAGCUCGCUGCCAUUCCUCUCCUCAAUCCCGAGCACGUCGUUCAGGAGCGUCUCGCUCUCCAGCGCCACUUCAAGAAGAAGCGCGACCACGUCCUCGCCCGCCUCAAGAAGAUCGGGCUCGAAGUGAAGAUCCCGCCCCAAGCUACCUUCUACAUUUGGCUCGACCUCGAGGAUCUCCCUGAGCCGCUCAACAACGGCUUGUCCUUCUUCGAGGAGCUGCUCAAGGAGAAGACGAUCGUCAUCCCCGGCAUCUUCUUCGACAUCAACCCCUCCCACCGCCGCAAUCUCUUCCGCUCAUCAUGCCAUCACUUCGUCCGCCUAUCCUUCGGACCGCCGCUCGAGGAUCUGGAUAAAGGUCUCGAUGCUAUUGAACGUAUCAUCAAGAAGGCCAAGGUCGGCAAAUACGAAUUUGGCAACUACGUGCCCAGCAGCCCUCUCACGGCCAGGUCUCCUGAAUUCUCGGGUAGGCCGUGGUAG